CUGAAGCAUCUCGUUCUCACCCUAUCUCUUCCCACUGACGGCCCCAGAGCACAUCUGCGUCACAUGCAAGGGGAGGGGGCGGCUUGGUGAGAGGUGCCGAGAUAGACAGAAAAUUGUAUACUGAGGACCUUGACAGCCUCACGGGCGGGAUUUUUUUUUUCCCUCCUACGUACAGUGCAUAUAAAGGAGCCCAGAUUUCCUUCUGUGCCAGCUCUCAGGCUUUGCCAUCCCAGAUAACGGCAGGCACGGGACUCCCCAGAGAAAGGGGAUGGGAAGGCGGGAGGUGGAGAGAGGCUUCCAGGUGACUUUUUCCUCUCUGUCUGCACUCGGUCACGGAGCUCUGAGAGACUGAGGAGGUGCCGCUCGCCUCCCGCUGUGGCUGCUGCUGCCGCCGCCGCCGCUGCUCUCAGGGCUGCACCUCGCUCCCCCGUUGAUCAGAUUAGCGCGUCGUCGCAGCCUCCCUCACCCGCUCUUCCCUCGCAAGUGUCCGUCUCCCCUGAGAGAUGGCUCUCAUUUCUGCCUCUCUCUCCUCCCCUUUCCACUGAUCACCGUACAGUUCUCGUCAGCUCUGGGCAUCUCUCCCUCUUUCUCUCUUUCCUGCUGGGUGUCUCUACCUCCUCUCGGCUCUGUGCAUCGCUCCAUCCCUGCUCUCUCCAUCUCUCCGCACUGGUGUGUGCGCGCAUCUCUCUCCGCCCGGCGGCUGCCACUCCUCGCCCUACCAGCCCAGCGCUGCCCGGAGGAGCCGCCGCUGCCGGAGCGGGGCCGCCCCGCGCUGCCGCCGCCGCCCGGCCCUGCCUGGCCGCCGUGAGUCCCGCCUCAGCCCGCGCCCGUCCCCCGCCCGCCGCGGCACCAUGUCCGGCUCCGGCAGGAAAGACUUCGACGUGAAGCACAUCCUGCGCCUCCGCUGGAAACUGUUCAGCCACCCCUCGCCGGCGGGCGGCCCGGCGGGGGGAGGCUGCCUGCCGCCCGACAGCAGCUUCGAGCACUGGGGCCCGAGCCAGAGCCGCCUGCUGAAGAGCCAGGAGAGAGGCAACGGCGUCUUCUGGAAGAAAUCCGCCUCCUCCGCCUCCUCCUCGGCGGCCACCACGGCCGGUCCGCCCAACGGGACGCUGCUGCCCGCCGGCGGCCGGCCGGCCGCGGGGCACGGCCCGGGACCGCCGCCGCCCCGCACCGUGUUCUACGUGGAGUCCCUGGAGGAGGAGGAGGAGGAGGCGGUGCCCGGCGGGAUGGAGGUGGCCCGGGAGCCCGAGAAGCCCCUGGCGCCGCCGGAGCGGGAGGAGGCGCCGGGGGGCUGCGCCGAUGGAGGCAGCCGGGCAACAGGUGACGGAGGCGGGCACAGACUGUCAGGAGCCAGCCACUCCUUGCCACCCCACUGUGACAUGGAUUCAUGUAGCUCCGAGGAAUUCUACCAGGCUGUUCACCACGCAGAGCAAACCUUCAGGAAGAUGGAGAGCUACUUGAAGCAGCAGCAGCUCUGUGAUGUUAUCCUGAUUGCUGGAGAUCGCAAGAUACCUGCACAUAGACUUGUCCUCAGUUCUGUCUCUGACUACUUUGCUGCCAUGUUUACAAGUGAUGUUUGUGAAGCCAAGCAGGAAGAGAUCAAAAUGGAAGGCAUAGACCCCAAUGCACUGUGGGACCUUGUUCAGUUUGCAUAUACAGGCUGCCUGGAAUUAAAAGAAGACACCAUUGAAAACCUCCUAGCAGCUGCCUGCCUCCUCCAGCUCCCCCAGGUCGUAGAGGUUUGCUGCCAUUUUCUGAUGAAGCUUUUGCACCCAUCCAACUGUCUGGGAAUACGAGCAUUUGCCGAUGCACAAGGGUGCACAGAGCUUAUGAAGGUGGCUCACAACUACACCAUGGAGAAUAUAAUGGAAGUUAUAAGAAAUCAAGAAUUUUUACUUCUACCUGCGGAAGAACUCCAUAAACUGCUUGCCAGUGAUGAUGUUAAUGUUCCUGAUGAAGAGACCAUUUUUCAUGCCUUAAUGAUGUGGGUGAAAUAUGAUAUGCAGAGGCGAUGCAAUGACCUAAGUAUGCUGCUUGCUUAUAUCAGAUUACCACUCCUUCCACCUCAGAUAUUGGCUGACCUGGAAAACCAUGCACUUUUUAAGGAUGACCUAGAAUGCCAGAAGCUUAUUCUUGAAGCCAUGAAAUAUCAUCUUUUACCAGAGAGAAGAACUCUCAUGCAAAGUCCAAGAACUAAACCUAGAAAAUCUACAGUUGGAACACUUUAUGCUGUUGGAGGAAUGGAUAACAACAAAGGAGCUACAACUAUUGAAAAGUAUGAUCUCAGAACAAACAUUUGGAUUCAGGCUGGAGUAAUGAAUGGCAGGAGGCUUCAGUUUGGUGUUGCUGUCAUCGAUGACAAGCUGUUUGUCAUUGGAGGCCGGGAUGGUUUAAAGACAUUAAACACUGUUGAAUGUUACAACCCAAAGACCAAGGCUUGGACUGUGCUACCACCUAUGUCAACACAUAGACAUGGCUUAGGAGUUACAGUGCUUGAAGGGCCUAUUUAUGCAGUGGGAGGACAUGAUGGUUGGAGUUAUUUGAACACAGUUGAGAGGUGGGACCCUCAAAGUCAGCAGUGGACAUUUGUGGCAAGUAUGUCAAUUGCCAGAAGCACUGUUGGAGUAGCAGCAUUAAAUGGCAAGUUAUAUUCAGUUGGAGGUCGGGACGGAAGCUCAUGUUUGAGUUCAAUGGAAUAUUAUGAUCCUCACACAAAUAAAUGGAAUAUGUGUGCUCCUAUGUGUAAGAGAAGAGGAGGUGUAGGAGUGGCUACCUGUGAUGGCUUUCUUUAUGCAGUUGGAGGUCAUGAUGCUCCUGCUUCCAAUCACUGUUCUCGACUGCUGGACUACGUGGAAAGGUAUGACCCAAAAACUGAUACAUGGACAAUGGUGGCUCCACUGAGUAUGCCUCGAGAUGCUGUUGGUGUUUGCCUCCUUGGUGACAAAUUAUAUGCAGUAGGUGGCUAUGAUGGUCAAUCAUACCUGAACACUAUGGAAGCGUAUGACCCUCAAACUAAUGAGUGGACACAGAUGGCUUCCUUAAAUAUUGGAAGAGCUGGUGCCUGUGUUGUAGUCAUCAAACAUGACUUUGUCAGCACUGCUUAGAAUUUUACUGACUGUGAAAUGAUUAUUUUUCUAUGAGACAAAGAGAAUGAUAACUUCACAAGAACAAGGAUUUCCACAGUGAACACACUGUUGAUCACAAACUUGGAGAGGUUUGGAAGUGACAAAGAUUAAGUAUUUAUGGCCUAUAUAAUAAUAAAACUGUUCACAGCCAGUGAACAAGAAAAAAGUCCCCAGAGUAUUGUAGGCAUAAA